GGCGUGUGUAACUUCAACCUCUCAAUGUUACGGGUUGAUGCGACAAAUGGUUUGCGGGAUUUCGGUCACUGUUAGAAGAGUAACUUAUACAGAGAAAUCAACUCUUCACGAAAAAGUUCAGUAAUCCCAUAGGAAGUUUCAAGAAAAAUGAUCGACGGUGGAGAACAUGAUGCCUCCACGCAUCCACAGAGAAAAGCAAACAUAAUUUCCUUUCUGCUCUUCUGGUGGACAAACGAUUUGUUCAAAACUGGAAACCAGCGCCCUUUAGAACAAUCCGACUUCUGGCCGUUGCACGAAGAAGAUACAACUUCUGAAUUGACAAAACAGCUUCAGUCACAGUGGAUGAAAGAUCUCAACGAUCACAAACUAACUGAAAAAGAACCCAAAUUGUGGAAAAGUGCUUUGAAAGUUCUCUCUCUUAAGGACCUGUUAGUAAUUUCCUUUGCUGGGCUGAUAGACUCCGUGGGUCGAUUUCUACAACCUUUUUUCCUGGGGGUAUUUAUUUCUACACUUAUGUCGGACAGGCCUGAAAGAAGUCUGCUUUGCGGGUGCGCUGUAUUGAUGCUGAUAAUUGUAGUGAUGAAAAGUGUCGCUGUACAUCAUAGUAGCUUCAAACUGUACGUAAUUGGCAUGCGAAUGAAGGCGUCUCUCAAGGGAGUCAUCUUUAAAAAGAUUCUACAACUAAGCCAACACACGCUAAACGACUUUACCAAAGGUCACGUGGUCGAUCUGGUGUCCAAUGACGUUCAAAGAAUGGAACAAGCUGCCAGGCAAUUCUUCCGCCUUCUCGUCGCCAUCUUUGAUGUUUGUGUAGUGGUACCUUUGUUAUGGUACUUCAUAGGUUGGCAGGCAUUAACGGGGAUCAUCUUCUUAUUUCUUCUCGUACCGUUUGGUGGCUACUUGACAUACCUGUCAGGAAAGCUUCGCCUGCAGACCGCUGUCAUCAGUGACCGACGAAUAAAUCUCAUGACUGAAAUAAUCGCUGGGAUACGUGAAGUUAAAACCCAUGCGUGGGAAUGGUUUUUCAGAGAUCAUGUUAAGGAAGCUCGGAGGAAGGAGAUGAAGGUAAUUCGUUGCAAGAGCGUCCUCCUAUCAUGUGCGAUUUCUCUUAUGUAUACCUCGGGGAUUGUAGCUUCCUUCAUUUCUCUGUUGACCCUCGCUCUUUUUGGCCAUCACUUAACACCGUUCAUCGUUUUCACUCUCUUGUCCAUUAUCAACGUUCUUCGUAACAGCGCACUGAGGUCCAUAGGGGAAGGAACAAUGUUCGUUUACGAGGCUUACGUAUCAUUUCAAAGGAUACAAGAAUUUCUGAUGCUACAAAACCUAUGCAGUUUGACUGAUGUAAAACCGUUAACCAAAUUAACGAAAAAUGCAAGUCCUUUUGAAAAUGAAGAAUUUGAAGAUAUCAUCAACGAGCUCGCAUGUUUUGAAGAGUCAUUGAAGAAAUCUAAUGACAUAAAUAUCUAUAGAGAUGAUCUUGAAAGUAAAAAUAAACAUAAUCUUCUUGAAACAAAGAAUCUGGGAAAAAAUCAAUCUGAAAAAGCACGAAUAAUCAAAGACGAAGACUUGAAGGGAAAGCCUGAGAAAACGAUGGUCAAAUUAUCCAAUGUGACUUGUAAGAUUGAUUCCAAUAAGUGCUCGGUAAAGUCAAUCUAUUUGGAAGCAAACAACGAUCACUUUGCUAUCAUAACUGGUCCAGUGGGCAGUGGAAAAUCAACAUUACUAUCUAUAAUUACGGGAGAGAUUCCAGUCACUGAUGGACAUGUCCAGUGUUGCGGGACAAUUGCUUACGUACCGCAGGUUCCUUGGGUCUUCUCUGGUACCCUGCGAGAUAACAUCUUGUUUGGUCAACCAUUUGAUGUCGAAAAAUACGUCCGAACCAUCAGAGCUUGUGCAUUAGAAGAUGAUAUUGAAAGAUUUCCUGAUAAAGACCAAGUGGUUAUUGGAGAGCGAGGCGACACGUUAAGCGGUGGUCAGCGCACUCGCAUCAGUUUGGCUCGUGCUGUGUAUGCUGAUUGUGAUAUUUACCUGCUGGAUAAUCCACUCUCAGCUGUCGAUGCUAAUGUUGGCAAUGACAUCUUUAAUCAUUGUAUUCUUGGCGUUUUAUCUAACAAAGUUCGUCUUAUGGUUUCUCAUCAAGAGUCCCACAUGAAGUUCGCAGAUGAAAUCAUUGUUUUGCAUAGUGGCUCAGUGAUCGAUCGAGGAACUUUCUUAGAACUCAAUGAAAAAGAAGCACUGACAGACAUUCUAGACCCUCAAAACAAAAGUUUCCAUAAAACUUUUUUUGAAGAGCUUAUCACAAAAAAUACCAAAGUACAUUGUUCCGACAACAAGCAAGUCAAAAGCAUACAAAUCCCAGACGAAGACCGCAUGACUGGAACAGUGUCCUGCAAGCGUUACUGGGAUUAUUUAACGGCAGGAGUACAUCCAAUCCUUUUAGGUGGCAUGGCCUUAAUGUUCCUUCUUUGUCAAGGAGUCAUGAUUUCACCGGACCUAUGGCUUUCCUUUCUUACAAGACUCCCUAGUGAAGACCAGACAGACAGAAUUAACAUUGGAAUCUACGCCAGUUGUGUCACUGCAGCUGUUAUCCUUGCGACAAUUCGAGCUUACAUGUUCUUCCAGGUGGUACUGAGAUCCUCAGAGAGCCUUCACGAUGACAUGGUGACAGCCCUCCUAAAAGCACCGGUGUUAUUUUUUGACUCGAAUCCAAUCGGCAGAAUCCUUAAUCGAUUUUCUAAAGACAUCGGCUGCAUGGACGAAGUUCUGCCGAAGACAUUUCUGUUUGCAGUCCAGUUGGUGUUGUUCGUCUUGACUGCAGCUCUCGUUCCAUUAAUCGCAAAUGCGUGGCUGGCAGCAGUUGUUGUUCCUAUCAUCAUACUGUAUGUUUACAUUGCAAGGUACUUCAUGAAAACCUCUAGAGAACUUAAGAGGCUAGAAUCUGUGUGCCGCAGUCCUGUGUUGUCACAUAUCUCGGAAACAUUAGAUGGUUUGGACACCAUUCGUUCCCGUGGAAGACAACGCGAGUUUGCUGAUCAAUUACACAGAUAUCAAGACGUUCACAAUCAAGCAUAUUUCAUGGUAUUGGCUGCGACUCGUUGGCUUGGAAUAAGAUUAGAUCUCCUAUCUGCCAUCUUGAUCGGCGCUGUUGCCUUAGCUGCUGCUCUAUUUUGCCAUGACAACGCUCUUGUUGGUCUUGCAUUCGUGUACGUCUUUGAAACCUCUCACUUCACCCAGGUAUCAGUUCAACAGUCCUGUGAAGUCGAGAAUUUGAUGACAUCUGUAGAGAGAGUAAUGGCAAUCACCAAACUUGAACCUGAAAUGGGAUACGAUACACCAACAGAAAAACCAAAACAAUGGCCAUCAAAUGGAGACAUCAAAUUUACCGAGCUAUCUCUCACAUACUAUCCUGAGGGACCGGCGGCACUCAAGAAAAUUAUUAUGUACAUCGAAGGACAUUCCAAGGUUGGAGUUGUCGGUAGAACCGGAUCCGGGAAAUCAAGCAUAGUAUCUGCUCUUCUGCGCAUGCCUGAAGCUGAAGGGUCAAUCACUGUGGACGGAGUGGAGCUUACAAGUUUAAAUCUACAAGACUCUAGGAGUUGUAUCUCUGUGCUUAGUCAAAAUCCUGUUGUGUUCAGUGGAUCCCUUAGAAUGAACCUCGAUCCACUGGAAGAACAUAGCGAUGUUGAUCUGUGGGACGCAUUAGAAACUGUGCAAUUGAAAACACUCGUGGAGAACUUUCAGGGAAAAUUGGAUCAUACAAUGACAAACAAAGGAGUGAAUCUGAGCGUAGGAGAGAAGCAGUUAGUUUGUUUAGCUCGUGUUUUACUACAAGGGAGUAAAAUUGUGGUCCUUGAUGAACCCACUGCUCAUGUUGACCCCAAAACAGAACAAAUCAUACACCAAACAAUCCACGAAAAACUCAAAAACUCAACUGUAAUCACCAUCGCCCAUCGGCUGAAAACCAUUGAAGAAUGUGACAAGAUUGUACAGUUAAACGACGGACAAUUAGUAGUAGAGUCAUGUUAUGUUUGAAGUAGGUAGGUUGGGUACAAGAGAAAGCAAGCGCCAUCAUUUCCAUAUUCGUUUCCGCCAUUCGUACAAAUUAAACAUAGCUCUUUUUCCAAUAUUUGUAAAUAAUAUGAUAGUUAGGUUAUUUAAUUUGAUUUUUUUGUAUUGAUUUUUACAUCGACAGGAGUGCGAUGUAUAACUGCCCCUAUAAGUCAUGUAACCGACAAAGCAGCUGUGCUGUUCUGAAGAGCGAAACGAAAUCUCUAAGUUGCGCUUGAUUCCCCAGUCCAUAUAAGAGGGAAAGUU